AUAGGCGCAGUCGUCACGAUCCCCUGCCUGCGCGGGCCCCUUCCCCGCACAUUGGCACAAGAGGGAAUCGCAGAGGGGACUGCAUUGGCAAAUGCCCGCCAAUGAUAUCACGACGGCCGCUACACAAACACAACUCCACCCCCAGGCCAGUACUUCGCCGCCUGUGACACGGGGAGCCGCCGGACCACGUGCGGACGGCCGGCCACGGGCCGUGUCCCUCUCCGAAGGCGGCAUGUCUCACGAGGAACAGCGCCUCGACCCCCACGGACAAUCUGCACCCGCAUCUCCAGCGGAAUAUGGGGUAGCACUGCCGCGGUCUCAGGCCUCGCAGACUCAGCCGGAGGAGGAGGACUUACCUGCGCAAGAGACAGACUCCCCAGGCGCCCCGAUGUCCCUGCUCGGCGGAACGAUGCCGCACCCAGCCCGGGUCACGUUCGGGGAGCAAUGGGCCGUCAAUGCCUCAGACUCGCAAUUCAAUGCGCUCGCCGGCGCAAUAGGCGGCUUCACAUCCGGCAUAGUGACCUGCCCACUCGACGUGAUUAAGACGAAGCUACAGGCGCAAGGAGGGUUCGCGACGCACGGCACCAGCCGUCCAAGGGUUUAUAAGGGCUUGAUCGGUACGGCGAGGGUGAUAUGGAGGGAAGAAGGACUCAGGGGCAUGUACAGGGGCCUGGGCCCCAUCAUCAUGGGCUACCUGCCGACGUGGGCCGUGUGGUUUACAGUCUACAACAGGACCAAGAAGUUCCUGGGUGAAUAUCAAAAAAAUAGCUUCGUUGUCAACUUCUGGUCGUCGAUAAUAGCUGGUGCCAGCAGCACCAUUGUCACAAACCCGAUUUGGGUCAUCAAGACCCGCCUUAUGUCACAGUCAACCAGCCAUGACAGGACGCGGUUUUCUCUCUUCCCCAAAGGCUCGAAUACCCCAACAUCGCGCCCAACACUACACCAACCUUGGCACUACAAGUCAACAUGGGACGCCGCGCGCAAGAUGUACACGACAGAAGGGAUCCUCUCCUUCUACUCGGGCCUCACGCCGGCCCUGCUCGGCCUCAGCCACGUCGCCGUGCAGUUCCCCGCGUACGAGUUCCUCAAGGUCAAGUUCACCGGGCGGCCCAUGGGCGCGGCGCCGGCGGCAGGGCAGGACGACAAGGCGCACUGGUUCGGCAUCCUGUCGGCCUCCAUCAUGUCCAAGAUCCUGGCCAGCAGCGCGACCUAUCCGCACGAGGUCAUCCGCACGCGCCUGCAGACCCAGCGGCGGCCGAUCCCCGGGCGCGAGUACAUGGAGGGCCUGGGCGGCGUGCAGCCGGGCGUCAACGGCGCGGCGCAGCAGCCCCAGGCCGGGCCCAAGUACCGCGGCAUCGUCCAGACCGCCCGCACCAUGCUCCGCGAGGAGGGCUGGCGCGCCUUCUACGCCGGCCUCGGCACCAACAUGAUGCGCGCCGUGCCCGCCGCCACCGUCACCAUGCUCACCUACGAGUAUGUCAUGCGCCAGCUGAACCACGUGCGCGCCAGCGGGAGGCGCAAGUUGCAGCUGCAGCAGGAGCGUGGGAGUGAGAGCGAGUUCUCGGGGACGUGAAGCGUGUGGAGGAGGAUUAUACAUUUAUUUUGUGCAGACGACAAGCAGCAUUUUCAUAUUUGUCACCCCCCACCAAUGGGGCGUGUUUUUACACCAACUAGAUGUCGAUGCGAAUCAUCAU